AUUGGAGUAUUUUUUGCUACACCAAAAGACGAUCUGACUGCUGCACAUGUAUGUGUUGUUCCACAGUCGAAGUCGUGAACUCAUCGGCUGGUGUUGGACAAUAGGAGUUCGCCAAUCUACCAGUCAAUCUCUCUGGUACGCCAUGCUGUCUCUGGACUCCGUCGUACAUUUUAUUCCAUGCUCCAGGAACCAAGACGCACGUCCUAGGAAAGAUACCCACCCCCCACGCAGACACGCGAAGAGCAUACAGCUGCUCCAGACCGCGGGAGAUGUCGCUAGGCAAGCAUUCGAGGUCCAUACAUGAUCCUACAUAGUCCCAUCAGAAAUACAAAUGAGGCGGUUACCAAAGGGAAGCCCAAAAACAUCCGAUGGUACGUUAGCCGCCAUACGGCGGAUAAUGCACCCUUCAAUCGGCUUGCAACCACAAGGCAUCUGCGGGCACGAUACCAGCCGAUGGCUCGAUCUCCUUCAUCAUGUGGGAUUAUUUUUAUUGAUAAGGCGGCUUCUUGAGAUCCAGAAUUGGUUUUUAAAUAAUCUCGAGAGCCAACUAUUUGGUCUAUUCCAUCUCACCUUUCACGAUACGAAGAAGCGUUGAGAUCACUCUUGAUCCCAAACCCAUCACACCAGGUCAAAGUAUUCCUGAACCUCAUAUCAACAUGGGCUCUAUUUCAGAAUCAUGGCGCAGACUUUCUGUCGGAAUUUGUGGCGGCGGUAUAGGUGGCAUGUCGGCUGCCAUCGCUCUUCGUCGGUCUGGCCAUGAUGUUACCAUUUAUGAGAAGCACGACUUUGCUGGAGAAGUAGGCGCCUCGGUAUCCUGUGCGGCAAAUGGCACACGGUGGCUUCACGAAUGGAAUGUGGAUGUCGCCAAAGGAGACCCGGUUGUGCUCAAGAAGCUCAUCAACCGCGACUGGAAAACCGGCGAGCCCGUGAGUGUGUAUGAUCUGGAUGACUACGAGGAACGAUGGGGCUAUGUGUACAACAUGUUCCACCGGCAGUAUAUGCACUCAAUGCUAAAAGAUACUGCCCUACAAGAACAAGGAGAGGGUGUGCCGGCAAUCUUGAAGGUCAAUCAUUCCUGUGAAGAUAUCAACCUUGAGACAGGAACGAUCACGUUUCGCAAUGGUGUUACUGCACGACAUGAUCUGAUCAUUGGCGCGGAUGGUAUUGGCUCGGUCGUCCGCGGGAUCAUUGGAGUUCAGCCUGAGAAGACUCCGUCGGAACAAAGUUGUUUACAUGCAAACGUUACAACGGAAGAGGCUGUGAAACUUGGAUUUGUCGAUUACUCACAGGACAGUGCUUUGGAGUACUGGGGUGGUCAAGAGGGCAAAUGGGACAAGAUCGUACUGUCUCCCUGUAACGGCGGCAAAUUAUUGUCGUACUACUGCUUCUUCCCUCGGGACAAGGGUGAUUAUUCCACUCAAACAUGGGGUGGCGACGAUCGGCCUGUCGAGGAGCUUUUGGCGCCAUACCCCGAAUUGGACUCGCAUGUCCUGAAUCAUCUCAAGAUUGGCAAAGAAAUUCGGCCAUGGCGGCUGUGGGUACACAACCCCUAUCCCUACAUCCACAAGAACAUGGUGUGUCUGUUGGGAGAUGCUGGACAUCCGAUGAUGCCUCACCAGUCGCAGGGUGCCUGCAUGGGCAUUGAAGAUGCCGCAGCACUCGGGAUUCUUUUUAGCAAGAAAUUCUUCAGAGGAGACAUUUAUGAAGCACUCGCGGUCUAUGACCAGAUACGAUUGCCACGAGCAACGAGGGUACAGGCCGCUGCUGCAAAGGCUGCGUACAAUAUUAAUGAGCGAAUUGGUUUCUCGAAUAACAAAAACAUUGCAACGUACAAGGUGGAAGAUGAAAAGAAGAAACUGACGAUAGAAGAGAUGAACUCAUACGAUAUGUACCAGGAUAUUGAGGAAAAGCUGGCUGCGAGGCGAGGCGAGAAGUACCAAGGGAAAUGGAUGGACGGAUUGCCGAUUGGUUUGGAACUGCCGAAUGGUGUAGUUAUCGGCGCAUGAACUGGUGUAUGUUGUUAUUGUUGUUGUUUCUAUGAGUAGAUGUCUGUACUCCGUACCCAAUACUGGC